UAGUGCUGGCUGCAGCUGUGGCUUGGGCAGGGAUGUGACAGGGAUAAAGGGGCUUUCUGGCCAGGAAAUACCUGUGCCUGCUCAGCUGAGUGAGAUCUUGGCUCCCACGGCCUCUUGGGGAUCAGAGUGUUCCCACUCGGCCUGGCCCUGCUGAGGUGCAGCAUUGUUACAAGGUGUCCCUGGCCCCACACAGGACUCUGGUCCCUGUCAGGCGUCUCCCUCGUGCAGCCAUGAUUGGUUUAAAGUCUGCACAUUAUCACCCACCUGGCUCUGGGGCUCAUAAAACCUGCUGUGAAUGAGACAUAUACACCACUCUCACUGCUGCCACUGCUGUCACUGCUGCCCCUGCCUGGUGAGCAGUAUGGGCACCACUUCUUUCUUGACAAGGGCCCGGGGUCUGCUGCGCAUCCGGAAUCGGCUGGUGCGGGAGUGCCUGGCCGAGCUGCUCUCCACCUUCGUGCUCAUAAUAAUCACCCUGGGCUGCUCUGCACAGAAGGUUGCCUUCUUUGAGACAAAGGGGAACAUUGUCACCAGUUACGUGGGAAGCGCCGUGGCUGUCAUGGUGGGCAUCUACACGGCAGGGGGAAUCUCUGGAGCCCACAUGAACCCGGCAUUCUCCUUAGCCAUGUGCCUGACUGGGCAGUUUCCCUGGUGGAAAUUUCCCAUCUUUGUGGUUGUGCAGACCUUUGCAUCUUUCAUAUCUGCUGGAGCUGUUUACAUCCUCUACUAUGAUGCCAUCUGGCAUUACAGCAAUGGGACCCUUACUGUCUCUGGCCCCCGAGAAACCGCCUCUAUCUUCGCCACCUACCCAGCUGACAGUAUCUCUGUUGCCAAUGGCUUCUUGGACCAGGUGAUCGGUACAGGGGUGCUGCUGGUGGGUGUCAUGGGCCUCAUGGACGCCCGCAACAAGCCUGUCCCCAAGGGCCUGGAACCAGUGGUUGUGGCUCUCUUGGUGCUCUCCAUUGAGUGCUCCAUGGGGGCCAACUGUGGCUGCCCCCUGAACCCUGCGCGGGACUUUGGGCCCCGGCUCUUCACCUAUUUGGCAGGUUGGGGCCCGGAGGUCUUCAGCAGGGGCAAUGCGUGGUGGUGGGUGCCACUGGUAGCGCCGCUGCUGGGGGCCGCCCUGGGCACCUUCCUGUACCAGCUCUGUGUGGCUUUCCACUACCCAGAGGAGGAGAGCGAAGUCCUGGCAGAGCAGGGCUCCAUCGUUCUAGUCAACACCAGCAUCGGUGCAGAUACUGGGAUAUCGCCCAAGGAGAAGGACACUGGGGAGAAUGCGCCUGCUGGGUAUCCCCCACCACCGUGCGCCAGCAGCACAGUCCCCACAGCCCCUGUCACAACAUUAAAAGAGUCCUGAGGGCA